UCUGUUACGUUGUAUUAAUGUUGCAAAGGCUGGGGGGGAGAUCGUUUUGUCUGAUAUGUGUAAUUAGCAGGCAGGAAAACAGCAAGAGGUGAAAACUGUAUGCCUGUGGCGAUUGCAAGACUACCCCCCCCCCCCCCCCCCCCUCUGGCUGCUGCAAACGCCUGACAUCUCUACGCAAACUGUCAUUCGAAUGCUUAGAUUAGAAUAUAGAAUGUUCUGAUCAAUUGCAGCAGCCUCAAGGCAAGUGUCUGGGUACCCCAUCAAGGUGCAUGCAGUAUGUGGACCCCUGCACUAACUACAGAAUGUUAAAAUAUACAAUGACUUCAUAGAAGAUUUCAUCUCUGUUAAUUAUCCCUACAUUUUAAACUGAAGACCCUCGGGAACGGAAAGGAAAUCAUUUUAAUUAUUAGUACCAUCAAAGUGUCACAUUUGUCCUCGCUGUAACUGGAAUCUCUAUGACCAUAAUGACUAACCAAGAAAAAUGGGUCAAUCUCAGCCCUGCAGAAUUUUCUCAGCUUCAAACGUAUGCAGAAUAUUCAACAAAGAAACUUAAGGACGUGUUGGAAGAAUUCCAUGGUCAUGGGGUUUUGGCAAAAUACAACCCUGAAGAGAAACAAGAUAUUCUUAAACAAGCAAUUGACUUUGAAGGUUUCCAGUUAUUUAUGAAAACAUUUCUAGAGGCUGAUUUACCAGAUGAUUUCUGCAGACGGUUAUUUAUGUCAUUCAGUAACCGAUUUCAUAAUCCAAGCCCAUCACUCCAAAGCAAAACUCAACUUCUUUCAGGAGGUCUUCGAAUGAAUUACAGAAGUAAUAGUUCAUCAAGAUCAUCUUCCCCUGUGUCUCUGAGACCUCCAGAAGUAAUUCAACUGAAAGAUAUUGUUUGCUAUUUAUCUCUGCUUGAAAGAGGAAGACCAGAAGAUAAGCUUGAAUUUAUGUUUCGGCUAUACGACACAGAUGGGAAUGGCUACUUGGACAGCACGGAGCUUGAAAGUAUCAUCACACAGAUGAUGCAUGUUGCUGAAUAUUUGGAAUGGGAUGUCACAGAGCUGUGCCCUAUACUCCGUGAAAUGAUGGAAGAAAUUGAUUAUGACCAUGAUGGAACUGUUUCACUAGAUGAAUGGAUCCAGGGAGGGAUGACAACAAUCCCCCUACUCGUCCUUCUUGGGUUAGAAAAUAAUGUUAAAGAUGAUGGUCAGCAUGUCUGGAGGCUAAAGCACUUCAACAAACCUGCCUACUGUAAUCUCUGCCUGAAUAUGUUGAUCGGAUUGAGAAAACAAGGCUUAUGUUGUACAUUUUGCAAGUAUACCGUUCACGAACGCUGUGUCGCAAGGGCACCACCAUCUUGCAUCAAAACCUAUGUUAAGUCAAAAAAAGACACCAAUGUCAUGCAUCAUUUUUGGGUGGAAGGAAAUUGCCCAACCAAAUGUGAAAAAUGUCACAAAGCCAUUAAGUGUUACCAAGGCCUGACUGGGCUCCACUGCGUAUGGUGUCAAAUUACUCUUCAUAAUAAAUGUGCUUCACACCUUAAACCUGAAUGUGAAUGUGGACCUUUGAGAGAUCACAUUUUACCUCCUACAUCAAUCUGUCCAGUUGUACUGGAAAGACAGUCAACCUUGAAGAGAGAGAAGAAUUGUUCCCAGCAAGGAAAUAAAUCAGUGGAGAGGACAAAAAUGCAAAGAGCAAAUUCUGUGACAGUGGAUGGACAAGGUCUUCAGAUUACUCCAGUAACAGGAACUCAUCCACUUUUGGUUUUUGUAAACCCAAAAAGUGGUGGAAAGCAAGGUGAAAGGAUACUCAAAAAAUUUCAGUACCUUUUAAAUCCAAGACAGGUUUAUAGUCUUGCUGGGAUUGGACCAAUGCCAGGGUUAAAUUUCUUUCGAGAUGUUCCAGACUUCAAAGUUCUUGCAUGUGGAGGUGAUGGAACGGUUGGGUGGAUUUUAGACUGCAUUGAUAAGGCCAAUCUAGCCAAGCAGCCUCCUGUAGCUAUCCUACCUCUUGGUACCGGUAAUGAUUUGGCAAGAUGUCUGCGAUGGGGAGGAGGCUAUGAAGGUGAGAACCUUAUGAAGUUUCUAAAAGAUAUUGAGAAUGGCUCAGUUGUUCUUCUUGACAGAUGGAAGAUUGAAGUUAUUCCAGAUGAUAAAGAUGAAAAAGGAGACCCAGUGCCUUACAGUAUCAUAAAUAAUUACUUUUCUGUUGGAGUGGAUGCAUCAAUUGCUCACAGAUUCCACAUGAUGAGAGAAAGACACCCUGAGAAGUUCAACAGUAGAAUGAAGAAUAAAUUUUGGUACUUUGAAUUUGGCACCUCUGAGACGUUCUCAGCAACCUGUAAAAAAUUGCACGAGGCAAUUGAGAUUGAAUGUGAUGGAAUUCAGAUGGACCUCAACAGUAUUUCUCUGGAGGGAAUUGCUAUCCUUAACAUCCCAAGCAUGCAUGGUGGGUCCAAUCUUUGGGGAGAAACCAAGAAAAGAAGAAGUAAUCGAAGAGCUGAAAAGAAAUCUGCCGACAAGAGAACAACAGUAACUGAUGCUAAAGAACUAAAAUUUGCAGUUCAAGAUCUGAGCGAUCAACUGAUGGAAGUUGUUGGACUAGAGGGAGCCAUGGAAAUGGGACAAAUUUACACUGGUUUAAAGAGUGCUGGAAGACGUCUUGCACAGUGUUCAUGUGUCGUUAUAAGGACCAGCAAGUCACUGCCAAUGCAGAUCGAUGGGGAACCAUGGAUGCAGACUCCGUGUACUAUCAAGAUUACCCAUAAGAACCAGGCACCCAUGCUGAUGGGACCUCCUCCAAAAAAUGGCAUCUUCACGUCUCUUAUUAAGGGAACAAAGGGCAAAAACAAAGAAUAAAUGUACACGACUAUUGGAACAAGCAAUGGAACUACUGAUUUUUCAUAUAAGUUUAUGGAUUUCUUUAAUAGAAGUAUUUUAAGUAAUGGAACUAUCAGUUUGAUAUCUGAUGUAAAAUUAUAAUCUGAGUUAAUUUAUUGUAAUAGCUUUUUAAGUUGUAUAGCAUGUGUAGUCAGAGUUUCUUUCUAUAUAGCAACAUAGCACCAUAUAUAUCGCUUGCAUGCAUUUUCUUUGAUAUUUAACUUGCAGGGAAAUGAAACCAUGUCUGUGUUUCUAAACACAUCCUUAUCAAUGAACUGGACCAGUGGUUCCCAAUCCAAUCCUCAAGUACCUUCCUUCCAGUCCAGGAUUUAGGGAUUACCCAGUUGUGUCUAAGGUGUUUUUAGAAGAAGAAGAAGAAAAAAAACACUUUAGACACGACAGGGUAAUCCCUAAAUCCUGGACUGGUAGGGGAAAUUUGAGGACUGGGUUGGGAACCCCUGAACUAGACCAUAUGC